AUGAGAGGGGACCCUGAGCAAGGACGUGGAGGACAAGCUGAGCAGAGGGGGAGAGGGAGAGGACAAGCUCAGCUAGGACAUGGAAGACAAGUAGGUGGAAGGCAAGCUGAGCCAGUCGAACCUCAAACCAAGAUACCGUCAUUUGGUGAUGGUAGCAGUAUUCAAAGAGACUGGACUACCUCAGGGCUUAUCGGUGAUCCGAUAAAUCAAAGAGAAGAUACUUGUGGAUCAGUUGUCUUUACACAUCUCCUACAAGCUUCUUAUAACAAAGAUAAACCCAUUGCCCAGCAUCGUGAUUUGUCAUACCUUGUUUUGGCAAAUCAUAUCCAAAGCCAAACCCAGGCCAAAGGCUUUUCAUUCAGAAACCUGAACAUACCGAUCAACUACAUUAGAAAUGUAGGACUCAGAGGAAGCACGUGGGCACGGAGGGACGACCACAGGUCACUUUGA